GUGGGAUUUUUUUUUUUAUUCUGACCGCAUUGCAACAAAGUUUACAGUGGUGUGGCUGAAGCCUAAAUUUUGUUAUUUUGUAUCCGAUUGUGUGGCUUGCUACUACUUGAGAAGGAUGUGAAAUGGCAACAUUUUGUAACAUUUAAUCGACGGUUGUGUAAUACGCCUUUAGGAGCGAAGUACAAACGAAGCUAUUGCCUCAGUUGUGCUUGUUUAUGGCAUGGUAGACAAACCCAGCGUUGUGUGAAACGAUCGAUGACUGGCUCUUUCUAACCGUAGUUAGUAGUUGCCUAAACACACCCAUAGGUGGUUGGUUGCUCUGAAUUUGUUUGGGUUGUGUACCUAGUUAGUGAGACGACGUAGGCUAUUUCUCGAAACACAUUCAGGACAGCAGACUGGUACACGCGCUUUUCAAGGUAGUAUGUCCUGCUGGUUUUGAUGCAGAAUCGCUGUUUUCAGUUGCUUUAUCACUAUUGGUGGUCCGGUGGUUUUGUUAUGCGAGUGUUUUUUUAUCAGGCUAUUGCAGGAUAGCGACAGCGACACUGGAAAACAGAGGGCAUCCCUGACACCCAUCCCUGAAGUUCCAGUUAGCCAUAUAGCUCGCACUAUAGGGCGUUUUGUUUUCGGAUUUGUCUACUCUAAAGUAGCAUCAACCACAUAGGUUGUGUUCUAGGCUACAAAUAGUAGGCUUGUGAUAACUGCAGGGCUGCUCUCGUUAGUUUGCCUUAUAGUCUAUUGCAUACCACUGUAAAUUUGUUGUCUUGCGGGUGAAAAAAAGUAUUCGCUGAAAGUUGAAAGUAUGCCAAAAAGUCGUCUGGGACCUCACAAGUCUUUUCUCUCCCUUUCCAAAUCACCGAAGUUGUCCUAUGGUUAUCAGUCCAGGAUGAAUGUCGGCAAAAGUGGUUACCGUGUCUUCUCUGCAAACUCCACAACAGCAUGCACAGAACUCGCCAAGAAGAUCACCGAACGGCUUGGUGUUGAGCUGGGGAAGUCUGUAGUAUAUCAGGAGUCCAACAGAGAGACCAGAGUGGACGUUAAGGAGUCUGUGCGUGGGCAGGACAUCUUCAUUAUCCAGACCAUACCCAGAGAUGUGAACACGGCGAUCAUGGAGCUCCUGAUCAUGGCGUACGCCCUGAAGACCUCGUGUGCCAAGAACAUCAUUGGGGUCCUCCCCUACUUCCCCUACAGCAAGCAGUGCAAGAUGCGGAAGAGGGGCGCCAUCGUCUGCAAACUGCUGGCCUCCAUGCUCGCCAAAGCAGGUUUAACCCACAUCAUUACCAUGGACCUGCACCAGAAGGAGAUCCAGGGCUUCUUUGGCUUUCCUGUUGACAACCUGCGCGCGUCCCCCUUCCUCAUCCAGUACAUACAGGAGGAGAUUCCCGAUUACAGAAAUGCUAUUAUCGUCUCCAAAUCCCCGGCAGCGGCAAAGAGAGCUCAGUCGUAUGCCGAGCGGCUGCGUCUGGGCCUGGCGGUGAUCCACGGUGAGGCCCAGUGCUCCGAGUCGGAGAUGGACGACGGACGGCAGUCUCCCCCGCUGGUACGCACCACCAGCGGCCAUCCCGGCCUCGACCUGCCCUUGAUGAUGGCGAAGGAGAAGCCGCCCAUUACCGUGGUGGGAGACGUCGGUGGAAGAAUCGCAAUUAUUAUUGAUGACAUCAUCGAUGACGUGGAGAACUUUGUGGCGGCCGCGGAGCUCCUGAAGGAGCGAGGGGCCUACAAGAUCUACAUCAUGGCCACGCACGGCGUCCUGUCUGCAGACGCGCCCCGGCUCAUCGAGGAGUCCGCCAUCGACGAGGUUGUGGUGACCAACACGGUUCCUCACGAGGUGCAGAAGCUGCAGUGUCCGAAGAUCAAGACCGUGGACGUCAGCAUGAUCCUGGCCGAGGCCAUCCGCCGCAUCCACAACGGAGAGUCCAUGGCCUACCUGUUCCGGAACAUCACCGUGGACGACUGAUCAGACCCAACCAAUCGGCCAAUCAGGGGCGGGGACUGAGGAUCAGGGAGAGCCGGAAGAGGAAGAGGAGGAGGAGGAAGCGGAGGAGGAGGAGGAGAGGAUAGGAAGACUGCGGAGAGGAGAGGACAGGAGAGGAGAAGGAAGAGGAAGAGGAAGAGGAGGGACCAAGCGUGGCUGCCUGUUACCCCAUUGGCUAAGAGACACUCGUACGCAUACACACACAUACACGCAAACACGCACACUUGUUGAAUGAACACACGUGUAUCCUGCAUAGUCACUUCCACCCACCAUAUCUAUCUCGAUCUCUUCUCUCUGUUUCUCUCUUUGGUUCUCUCUUUGGUUCUCUCUCUCUCUCUCUCUCUCUCUCUUUCUUUCUUUCUUUCUUUCUUUCUUUCUUUCUUUCUCUCUCUCUCUCUCUCUCUCUCUCUCUCUCUCUCUCUCUCUCUCUCUCUCUCUCUACAUGUACACACGCGCGCGCACACACACACACACACACACACACACACACACAUGAUUCAUGUCAAACUUGAUCGCCCGUUGCAAGCCCGCACUGAGACCAAGGAUCCAGCCGAUCUGCCUUCUUUUUUUUGUCCUAAUUCACACAGUUACUGUGAGUCGAUGGCUGACCACUACAUACAGUUACUGUGAGUCGAUGGCUGACCACUACAUACAUUUGAUCACGUAGCAAUACUGUGCUAUGGAGGGGAACACGCACACGCACACGCACACGCACACGCACACACACACAAGUGUGCAGGAACAGAAGUCCUGUGACGUGACUCUGCCUGCUGCAUGCUGCGUUGGUUGUACAUGAGGGUGUGGUGGACUGGCCGCUGUCAUGCUUUAAGUUUUGUCAGAGGACGCGCUUAACCUCUUGGGAAAAAAAUGAAUGAAUGUCUUUGGGUGCGCGAUAAAAGGUAUCAACUGAAAGAAGAAAAAUCCGCACUGACAAAUUUAAGUCUCAUUAUUUAUUUAUUGAUUACCACCAUCUCCAAAAGCAAACACGUUUCGGCUAUCAAGCCUUCAUCAGCGCACUGAUAGCCGAAACGCGUUUGCUUUUGGACAUGGUGGUAAUAUAAAUAAAGGUAACAUUUUAUUUUAGGGAUACAUCUAUUAGCACUAAUACAUACAAUGUUAAUGCCUGCAUAAGUAACUUGUAAGGCAUGUACUAAGCAAACGCUAAGGCCUACUAGGUCCUUACUAAAGUUAAAUUGGUAAUAAAUCCCUUAUUGUGCAUGAACAAGACAUUUGCGAAUACAUGCCUAACAAAUGUUUGAUUUUGCUUUGUACAUGCCUUACAAGUUACCUAUACAGGAACAUUGUAUUAGUAUGUAUUAGUGCUAAUAGAUGUAUCCCUAAAAUAAAGUGUUACCUAAAUGAACGCCGUCAUACUUUGUCAUCUGAGAAGUAAGUUCCCUGGGAAGUGGUCGCGUUCCCCCGCGUGGGAAGUGGUCAGUCGGGCUUCCUGUCUGAGCUUCGUCUUUUAGCGACACAAAAUGCGGAGGUUACUUCACAGGACAGUACAACGCAGUCCACAGGCUUUUCACAACUUUUGAAGGUCAAAUUUGUUGAAGCGUUUUUGCAGACAGACAGUUUGGUUCAGUAUACGUAUCUGUAAGCAAUAAAUAAUGAAGCAUUAGCAGGACUGUUAUGAAUAUUUUACAAAACUGAAAUUAAUAAAUGGCCCUGAUAUGGUU